CCGCCGCUCGCCAUGUCUUCGCCAGCGGAUUUAUUACAACAGGCCGACUCCGUCAAGAGGUCUAACCCGGCGCAGGCAGAGCAAAUAUACAAGCAAAUUCUGAGCAGUACCUCAGCCACGGCUCAGCCCGGAACCAGCACUGGCGAGAGGGAUCAGUCUUUGCGGGAUCAGGAGGUGUCCCUGGUAAAGCUCGGAGAGCUGUACCGAGACCAAAAGAAUGCGGAAGGCCUGGCAGAAGUGAUAACCCUCUCGAGGUCAUUUAUGUCCUCGACCGCAAAGGCAAAGACCGCCAAGCUCAUCCGCACCCUCCUCGACUUCUUCACCCCAAUCCCAAACAGCGCCCAGACGCAGAUCCGAGUGCUGAAGGACAAUAUCGAAUGGGCGAAGAAUGAGAAGCGGAUCUUCUUGAAGCAGAGUCUAGAGACCCGUCUGGCCGGAAUCUAUCUCGACACCCAGCAGUUCAAGCCAGCCCUCGCUCUCAUUGACACGCUCCUCACGGAGCUACGGCGGUUGGACGACAAGAUGAUCCUCACGGAGGUCCAUCUAAUCGAGAGUCGGGUAUAUCGCGGGACUGGUAACAUGCCAAAGGCGAAGGCUGCAUUGACGUCUGCUCGCACCGCCGCCAACUCGAUAUACUGCCCGCCACACCUCCAAGCUGCCCUCGACUUACAGUCUGGCGUUCUCCAUGCCGAGGACAAGGACUACACGACCGCUUACUCGUAUUUCUUCGAGUCAUUCGAGAAUAUGGGGAAUCAGGGUGAUGAGGAGGGGAGCUUGAAAGCCCUCAAGUACAUGUUGUUGUGCAAAGUGAUGCUGAAUCUGCCCGAUGACGUGACGUCUCUGCUGUCUAUCAAACUUGCAGCCAAGUAUGCGCAACUGCGUGAGGUGGAGAGUAUGCGCGCGGUCGCGCGCGCACAUCAGAACCGGAACCUUGCCGACUUCGAGAAGGCACUGCGGGACUAUCGAGACGAGCUCUCGUCCGACCCGACCAUCCGCUCGCACCUCGCUGCGCUCUACGACACCCUCCUGGAGCAGAAUCUCCUGCGGAUCGUGGAGCCGUAUUCCGUCGUGGAGGUCGACUAUGUUGCGCGGCAGGUCGGGCAGGGUCAGCAGGAGGUCGAAGCCAAGCUGUCGCAGAUGAUCCUUGACAAGAUAUUCCAUGGCGUGUUGGACCAGGGCAGAGGCUGUCUGCUCGUGUACGAUGAGCCUGAAGUAGAUAAUUCGUACGGUGCCGCGAUAGACACACUGCAGCAGGUCGGGAAGGUUGUCGACUCGCUUUAUGCGAAGUCGGUCAAAAUCGCGUAGUGGUAUUGUACUUGUAUAGAUACAUCCAAUGCAUUGAUCUUCCCGUUAUACAUAUAUGUUUUUCUUCUGAGGAAUGAUGUCACUGAGGGGCAAUCACUGCGUUUCCUGCUUUCUGUUC